AUGUCCCCCUCAACCACCACACAGCCACCGGCCGCUAGCGAGCCCAAGACCUCCGGCAACGACGCCAUUUCCGCCGAGUCUCCCCGCGAUGGUACGCCCGAGAAGACGUCCAGCGAGCGCGCCGCUCCCUUCACGGAGGGCGACAUGGAGAAGCCGCCUUUUGUUUUUACGACGCAAGCGAACGGAUCCGAGGUAGCAUUUGACGAAGAUGACCCGCGAUUGCAGGACAUCCCGCCAUACGUCCGCCGCAUCGUGAGCCUGUCGGAUGACCCCGAACUGCCGACACUCACCUUCCGCUACUUCGUCCUCACCAUCAUCUUUGUUAUUCCCGGAGCGUUCCUCAGUAUGAUGAGCCAUUUCCGUACCACCUACGCGCCGUACUCCGUCUUUUUCGUGCAGAUCGCUUCCAGCUAUGCUGGUGUUUGGCUCGCCAAGGUUCUGCCUGCAUGGCAAGUCAAGCUGCCAUUUGGAUACGGCUUCAACCUGAACCCCGGACCAUUCAGCGUCAAAGAGCAUGUUCUCGUUACCAUUUCUGCAGCAUCUGGAGCGACUUACAACCUGGGCUACACCCCGGUUGCUAUGGCCGAGCUCUACUUCAACUCCCGCAUCAACCCGGCGGCUGCCAUCUUCUUCAUGUGGGGCAUUGUCUGGACGGGCUACUCUUUCGCGGCUCUCGCUCGUCAGUUUCUGAUCUACGAUCCCCAGUUCCCGUGGUUUACUGCUCUCUGCCAAACUGCUCUAUUCGAGACGCAAAAGAAACAGCGCGAGAACCCCACUGCUGCCUCUCGCAAGCAGACCAGAGUUUUCUUCCUCGCUCUGGCCGGCAUGACCCUCUGGCAGUUCCUGCCCGAGUAUGUCUUCCCGAUGCUUGGCUCUCUGGCCUUCCUCUGCUGGGUUGCGCCGAACAACGAGACCGCAAACUUCGUCGGUGCCGGUUUCGGUGGAAUGGGAAUGCUCAACUUGUCCCUCGACUGGUCCAACAUCUCGAGCAGUGCGAGCUUGUUCUUGACCCCCUGGUGGACCCAGGUUGUCAUGUUCCUGGGCUUCGCUUGCAGCGCCUGGAUUCUGAUCCCGGCUGCUAAAUUCGGUCACCUUGGAGAGUGGAACAAGCACCUCAUGUCCAACCGUCUAUUCCUCGAGAACGGAACAUCUUACCCAACCACUUCGCUACUUACUGCGGACGUCUCCUUCAAUGAGACAGCUUAUCAGGAACUUGGACCCCCGUUCAUUAGUACUCACGUCCUCUGGACCAUGUUUUUCGAUUAUGCAAGCUAUACGUCGGCAUUGGUGUGGGCUGGACUCUUCGGCUACAAGACCAUCAAAGCCAGUCUCGAGAAAUUGCGCCAGCGCAGCAAGAGCGGAGCUGAGAUCAGCACUCAGUACAACGAUCAACUCAGUAUCCUUCAACGCUCAUACAAGGAGGUCCCCAUGUGGUGGUUCUUGGCCUUGUUUGCCGCUUCUUUCAUCUCUCUAGUCACCAUUACCGCAACUGGUCAGAUGUUCAUUCCGGUCUGGACUUACUUCGUCGCCAUUGGUACUGGAGCCAUUCUGGUCGUUCCCCUGGGGUACCUGUACGCCUUGUCAAACUUCCAACUGGCAAUCGGCACUGUCAAUGAGCUGUUGUACGGCCUCAUGGUAAACUCUGUCAGCGGCUUCAAGAACCCGACCGGAGCUUCCGCCUACGGUGCUAUUGCUGGCAACGCCUGGUACCGCGCGCAAUUGAACUUGCAAGACAUGAAAAUCGGUCACUACAUGCAUUUGCCACCCAAGACUGUCUUCUUCUCUCAAGUAUUCGGCAGCUUCUUGGGCGUCCCGAUCAACUAUGCCGUCGUCCGCUGGGUGCUUGACACCAAGUUCGACUACCUUACUGGCGCCAAGGAAGACCCUGCUCAUCAGUGGACUGCGCAGUCUCUCACGUCCAACCUCACUAUGGGUGUGCAGUACGUGCUCAUCGGCCCUCGUCGCCUCUUCCAACAACACAUCUACAAGGUUCUUCCCUAUGGCUUCCUCGUUGGCGCCUUCGUCCCGGUUCUGAUCUUCGCCCUGCACCGCUUCUUUCCGCGGGCCAAGUUCCAGCUGUGGAACUCGACCAUCUUCUUUUCCACCAUGGCUAGCUUCUACGGCAACAUCAGCACCGGAUACUUCAGCAGCUUCAUCGGUGGAUUUGUCGUCAUGUUCUGGGCAUACAGAUAUCGCUACGAUCUUUGGGCCCGAUGGAACUACAUUCUGGCGGCAGCCUUUGAUGCAGGCUUCAACUUCAACAUGCUGUUGACGUUCUUGUUCUUCGGCGCAGGAAAGAUUGUGACGAUGCCUUAUUGGUGGGGUAAUAAUGAGGCCAGUUCUGAGAGAUGCUUCGCCCUCAGCUAG